UGGCAAUAAAAUUACUAGACCAGCACUUUAACAGAAAGUAAAGAUGGAACACUUUAGGAGAAACUAGUUUUAAUUUUCUGGACGGGCUCCUAAGAGAGGCCCAAAAUCUUAAUGAGAGCAGCGUUUGUUCUCUGACAAGAGUGACAAUAGCCACACCACUCUGUCUCAGCCGUAAACUUGGUGAUCUCUUUCUCCGCCGAAUUCCUCCACCAUCUUCUUACUUUCUCCCCUAAAGUCAAAAACAAGCUCUGUUAAGGAAUCUGCUUGUGGGAUAUGCCGUAUCUGGUUCGUGAGCAUCUAUUCAUUGGCAAUAUAGGCGAUGCAGCGGAGGUUCUUCAGCAUGGAAGUGAUGAAUUUACACAUAUCUUGUCCAUCCUUAGCUCCGCUUCAAUCUCCUUUUUCUCAGAAUGGCGUUCUGGCCUUUCAAUUCCAACCAAAGAGAUCCGGAAGGAAUAUGUUGGGUGUUUGGGAAAUGCAGAUGCUAUAACUGAUGAGACUAAGAUCUCAUCAACACCUAAGAAACUCCUCUACUCGCUAGAGUAUGCAGGGAAAGAUUUGAAGUUUAUAAGGAGGGCUGUGCCGUUGAGAGACAUGGAGAACGAAAAUUUGCUGGAUUCUUUGGGUGUUUGUUUGGAUUUUAUCGAAGAAAGUAGAAAAGAGGGGUCUGUAUUGGUGCAUUGCUUUGCUGGUGUAUCAAGAAGUGCAGCCAUCAUUGUAGCUUACCUGAUGAAAACUGAACAACUAUCUCAAGAAGAUGCGAUUAAAUCGCUACGUCAAAACUGUGAAUUUGUCUGCCCAAAUGAUGGUUUCCUAGAUCAGUUGAGAAUGUUUGAAGAAAUGGGUUUCAAAGUAGAUCAUGCAAGCACCAUUUACAAACGCUUCCACCUUAAAGUCCUAGGUGAUUGUUAUAAUCGUGGAGAAAGAAUAGACACCUCUAAAUUUGGGGCUGAUCCAGGCGUGGCAAAAGAAAAUAUUUCCUCAGAUGUGGAUGUAUCCUUGACUAAGGAAACAACUCCUGCUCGAGCUUACCGCUGCAAGAAAUGCCGGAGAGUUGUGGCACUGCAGGGGAAUGUUGUGGAUCAUGUUCCAGGAGAGGGUGAGACAGCAUUUGAGUGGCAUAAAAGGAGAAGUGGCAAUCCUUUUAACAAGCCUGAGGACGAGUGUUCAUCUGUCUUUGUUGAGCCGUUAAGAUGGAUGAGGACAGUUGAAGAAGGUGCUAUGGAGGGCAAGCUUUUAUGUGGCCGUUGUGAAGCUCGCUUGGGUUACUUCAAUUGGUCAGGCAUUCAGUGCAGUUGCGGAAGCUGGAUUACCCCUGCCUUUCAACUCCAUAAAAGCCGAGUGGAUAUCAGCAACAUGUGAAAUUUUAUGAUAGGGAAAACUCCUAGUCUAGUCGAGACAUUAAGAAAGAAGGUUCUGGCAUUUUGCCCUGUCACACACCCGGUGCUUUGACAUCUUGGAAAUACUAGUACAUCGGGAACUUGGUAUACAUUUAAACCAAACUAAUCUGGCUAUACAGUUUUGGUAACAUCUGCAAAGAUGAAAUAUACUAGGGAAUCAAACCCUCUUUACCUGCUCUUUCAUGGUGGCCUGGAUAUAAAUUACUUGGAGACCUGGGACUUGGCUGCGCUCAUCUUAUAGGAUAUAUACAGAUACUCAUUAGCUGUUACAAUCAAGUGGGCGCAUGUACUUGGAGAACUUUCUUGUCCAAUGGAAGAGUUAUCUGCGUCGAGUAUAUGAAAUUAUAUGAAUCUAUCAGUUUGUCAAUUGUGUUUGAUGGCUCCUCUGGCACUUCUUAGAGCUCCCCUAGCUUCUACUUCACAUUUUAACACCUCAAGUUUUAUUGAUUGAUGGGUAGACCUCUUUAUAACACACGUUUUGUAUUAAAAGUUUUCCAGCGACUCGUAAAUUUCUCUUCA